AUGUCAAACGUCAACGGCACAAUCACAUUAAUCCCCCCACCGGAUGACUAUGUAGUCAAUUUCGAGAACCCUGUGAGGAGGCUCGCCGUAGAGACUUACAUCCUGUUCAUCGUAGAGAAUGCUCUCGCCCUCGCGUUCCUUAUACAGCGGCUCUACACAAAGAUAUAUCUUAUGAAGCAGUUCCAAGUUGACGAUGGCAUGAUCAUUCUCGGUUGGAUGGCAUCAGUAGCUACACAAGCUCUUCUGGUGGCUGGUUUCGCCGCCAAAGCUAUUGGUGUGCAUGCUUGGGAGAUGCCAAUUGAACGUUAUGGUUACUACUCGCGUCUUAUUUUUGCUGCUCCUCUCGUGAGAUACCAAGCAGCAGUAUGGACGACCGGUCUCAUAUGCAGUGGUGCAUACAUCGGCAUCUUUUUCAGUGUCGUCUUCGCAUGCAAGCCCAUUGCCGCCAGCUGGGACCCGCUGCUGUUGCCGACGGCGAAAUGCACGAACAGAGGCGCCAUCUACAUCACCACCGCUGUGAUCGGUAUUGUAACGGAUAUCAUGUUGAUCCUCAUUCCUAUACCGACCAUUUGGGGAUUGCAAAUGCCAACAAAACAGAAGAUCGGUCUGACUCUUAUCUUCGGUGUUGGUUCCAUUACCAUGGUCACGUCGAUUAUACGCCUGGUCGUCCUUCUCCCUGCAAUCACAGAUAUGGACCAGACAUGGAUCAUUGGCGUAGGCUCUCUCUGGAUCAUCGUCGAAGCCAACUUGUUCAUCAUAUGCUGUUGCUUACCCACCUUGCGCCGCUUCUUCAGGCACGUAGCGCCGCGUUUCAUUGGCGAAAGUGGCAGCAACUCGGACAACAAGGAUUCGUCUGGCCGCAACCGCCCUGGGCUACGCACAUGGGGAAGCGCAGGCAAUCAAAAACGCCAAUAUGAUACAUUGAUGAACACUGUUCAAGGCGGCGAUGACGAGAUUCCUCUCGCUGGCGUCGGGACAAAAGAAGAUUUGAAGCCGAGGGAGACUACCGUUCAAGUUAGCGGGCACGGAUUCAAGGCCGACAACGACAGUGAAGAAGCCAUUCUUUAUGAGCGGACCGUCCAGGUUACUUAUGAGGGCGGCGUAGUCGCACCGGCUGAUGCUUAUACCCAACACGUCUGGACAGGUGGACCAGCAAGGGCGAUAUAA